CAGGCCCUGCCCACCGGACAGGAGGCGGCGGCGGUGGCGGCGCUGCUGCUAAGGCUGAGUCUGGUGCUGCGAGGGGAGGCCUCGGCGUCUCCCCUUCCUUCCCUCCCUCCACCGCCGCCUCCUGCUGGGCCAUGAAGGAGUGCGAGUACCGGCAGAUCCCUCCGGGGACCCCUUCCGCGCCUCCGGCCUCGGAGCUGCCUGCUCCUGCUCCUUUGCCGAAGGGAGAGGAGGCCCAGGAGGAGGAGGCGGAGGGGUCCCCGGGGCGCCGGGCGGCCCUGGCCCUGGCCUCUUCCUCGGCCGAGGCUCCCCGGCUGCUGGGGCGGCGCAAGUGGGAGGUGUUCCCGGGUCGGACGCGGUUCUUCUGCGGCGGGAGGCUGAUGCUGGCCAGGCACAGCGGCGUCUUCCUCCUCACCCUCGGCCUCAUCCUGGCCACCAACGCCCUCUUCUUCGCCUUCGACUGUCCCUUCCUGGCUCGUAAUCUGACCUUGGCCAUUCCUAUCAUUGCUGGCAUCCUGUUCUUUUUUGUCAUCAGCUCUCUGCUGCAGACCAGCUUCAGAGACCCUGGUAUCCUGCCCAGAGCCACCCCCAGCGAAGCUGCAGAUCUGGAGAAAUGGAUUGACAACAUGGGCACCUCCACUUAUCGGCCACCAGCUCGCACCAUGGAAGUUGUUAUAAACAAAUAUAUGGUGAAGUUGAAAUACUGCUAUACAUGCAAAAUGUUCCGUCCUCCUAGGACUUCCCACUGCAGUGUCUGUGACAACUGUGUAGAGCGAUUUGAUCACCACUGUCCCUGGGUCGGCAACUGUGUGGGGAAGCGGAAUUAUCGAUUCUUCUAUGCCUUCAUCCUCUCUCUCUCCUUCUUGACAGCCUUCAUCUUUGCUUGUGUCAUCACCCAUCUCGCCCUCCGCUCCCAGGGAAAUGAUUUCAUCAGUGUUUUAAAAGCAACACCAGCAAGUGUGCUGGAAUUGGUAAUCUGUUUUUUCUCAGUCUGGUCUAUCUUUGGUCUCUCAGGGUUUCACACUUACUUAGUUGCCUCCAACUUGACAACCAACGAGGAUCUCAAAGGGGCAUGGUCGAGUAAGAGAGGUUCUGAAUUUUCCAAUCCCUACAGCCAUAAAAGUGUCCUCACUAACUGCUGUGCAGUGCUUUGUGGACCGUUCUAUCCCAGUUUAAUAGACAGAAGAGGAUUUAUCCAGGCAGAUGCUGCGAUCCCAACCACGCCUAAGAGUGAAAUCCCUUCCUUUGGAAUGAAAUCGGAUUCCAGCAUGGUAUGAGCCAAACCUUAGCAGUGCUGCCAUAGAGUCCUGUGCCUAGGCCUACCUCCAGCCGGUGCUUCUCCUCCAGUUUACCAUUUUAUUGGGCUUAGGCAGGACAGCCUCAUGAGGCAGAGCCUCCCAAGCUCCUACUCAAACCACAUGCCGUUAUUUCCUGUGUUGGUUUUUUUAUUUGGUUUGAUUUUUAUACAGUGGGAUUUACCUCAGCGUUGUGGACUGUUGCAUCUAAGACUCUAGGCAGGCCCUGAUGUGACACAGGGGGAAAAUGGGUCAAAAUUGCUUAGAGCAAACAAUGCCACUGGUUGGAGAUGCCAGCUUCUCGAGAACCGUCCAUCCUCAGAGGUUCUACUGCAGGGACUGAUUGAAAAAAAGCAUAGCAAUUUGCAUAUAGCACUGGUACAAAGAGCAUAAAAGUGCCCAUCGUCUAAACAGCACUUAACAUGCUCCUUGGUGAAGCUUUGACAUUAGUCUGUCAGUCCUGCUGCUUUGUGUGAGCAGCGAGAAAGAUAAUUACUACUUGGCUAAGCCUUCAGCCAGAGUACUGUUUGAGGACACAGCACUCCUUGCCCCAGCGGCAAGUGUUGCUUGCUGAGCUGGUUUACCAGGACUGCUCUCCUGUUCUCACCAACGGGAGUGAGAGGAAUGCAUAGGUUAGACCAUCCUUAGCAAGGAGCAUGAGCUGAUCGUCUGGGUCAGCUUCAGAAAAUGGUUUCUCAAUGUAGGGUUGUUGUCCCUGUUCGUUACAGUUGAAUCAGGACAACAGUAACACAGCCCCAUGCGGUUAUUUGUUUAAUUAAUAAAUGAAAAUUAAGGAAAUCCUACAAAGAUAAUUCAGUGAUGUAAAUAGAGAUGGAAUAUUGCCACUUGGUGCUUAUGGGUCACAGAGCUAUUUUUGUCAGGAGAAAUACUGGCCCAAGGCUGUGUUCAAGGAGGAAUCCAGAAAGAAACCUUCCCAGAAGCAUUAAAUAUUUAUUUCUCUGUAGGAAGCUGAGUCCACUCACUUGGAUUCUUGACUAGUCAUAUAAAGAGGGGAGGGAUAAUAAAUAUGCCUAUUGGAAUUCCUCUUAACAGUGCCUCCCAUCCUGCUGUGUGAGCCCUUAUGUAUAUAGGAAGGUCAAAUACAUGUGAAAUACUUGAAAUGUGUCUAUUAAAAGCUGCUGGAUAUUUUUGCACAACUUUUGUAGAUUUUUGUAAGGAUUUUUAAAGUGGUUUUAUUCUACAUAAGCCUGUGCUCACAGGUUCAUAGAACCAGUUUUGUUUUUUUAAAUAGCACUGAAAUUUGUUUAUCUGUAAUUUUUCCUUGAACUUUGUCAGCCUAUAGGAAACAAUGGGAAGUCUAUAGGACAUAAGAAAGCUUGAUCUUCCUUAUCCCUAAUGACCAGAAGAAAGUAGAGUUUGCUGGAAACAGAGAAGGAUUUGAGGUCUCAAAGGGACAAAUCAAGUGUGCCUUUUAAAAAAAAAAUGCUGCCUCAGCAGAGGAUCAGAAAAACAUGAACGUCACAGCUGUAUUUUUUUAAAAAAUUGGAAUCAUUGAGGUCAUAUCUCAGGAAUUCUCCCUUUAAGUGAGGGAUCAGAUAUAGAACAAUUCAUAUCUUUCCUUCUGCAUUUCCAGACAUGCUCUUCAUGUAUGUGACAUCACUCAACACCUUAGAGUAGUGCUACCCCUUUCCGGGGAGCAUUCUUGAAUCCCACCUGUUGCCCCAGGCACAUGGCAGGCUUCCUCCAUUGAUAUGUACAGUAUCAUGCCUGGGAGAGAUUUCUUAGGCAGCCCUAAGGUGGGCAGGGAGAUACCCAGCCUUGUUAAACUGGAUCGACACAGGUCCUUCCUCAUUGCUUGUCCUUAGGAGGAGGAGGAGGAGGAGGAGGAGAAUACCCUUCUCAGUCUUGCACUCUUUAAUACUAUUAGUUAACUGAACUUAAUUUUUUCUAAGUAGACUGAUGUUACUAGAGGGAGUACUUCUGAACUCCCUUUGCACUUAUCGCUAGAUCUGGAGCAUCUCCCGCAAGAGAUCAAAGACCACAAACGUUUGUGGCAUUUCUAUGCCUGUUCCUUUACAUUUUUAUGAUGAUUGGAGGACUGAACAAAUCUAUUUGUCCACUGAAUCAUGUAGUUGCAACAGAGAUGAAACUGUGCAUGUAAUCAAAGGUCCCUUUAUAGAAUCUGGAGCUGCACUUAAAGAUGAGCUUAAGGUAUGAUACAAAGCCAAAAUUGAAAUGCAGGUAUGGGAUAUUCUGAUGUAGCAGCUUUGAGCAAUCAAAUGUUGAGGCUAGAGUACCCGCUGCUUGUAUUGCAUUUUGACAGGAAGAAUUUGGCUCAUUCCUCAUACAGAACUGCAGGUUUUGGUAGAUGGACACCACUUGGAGAAGCUCUAUGUAUGGCCCACUAUGCUGGGAGGUACUGCAGAUUUCAGAAGUCUCUUCUCCUACUAAAUAUAAGAAUCUCAAGUCCCCUGGGAUAGUUAGAAAGGCAGAUCCAACUUCUGUGCAGCUGGUAUGUGGGACAGGUGCUUGCAUUCCUUGAUAUUUACACAAGUACCAAAACUAGAGAUAUAGUAAAGUCUUUCCCGGCCUAGAUAAUAAUAGGCUUGAGCCCUGGUGUUAAGCCUGCUGAGGCUGCAAUGCCAUUUCUGUUCUGUGAGACCUCCUGGAGUUUCUCUUUUUCUGCUGGUAUCCCGCCCAUUUUUGAAUAAUUACUAUUCCCAUUAAAAGUCCUAUUUGCCAUUUCAUCUUUAAUGGUGCAUUUUCAGAUGGUGGUUCAUUUACUAGCACAGAGGUUAUGCUUGUUUGGUUGGUCCAGAACAGAAUGCUUUGUUUUCAGGGGGGAAAUCUCAUAAUUUUAAAGUGUGCUCACCUUUUCUCCAAGCAGCUUUCCAGGACAUUAUCAGGAGGGGGGAAUCCUGAUCUCCAGUUGUAGCCCAUCUUAUUUCUAGAAGUUGGCCCCAUAUCUUAACCUGGAAAAGAAGUUGUUCUUGUUAGUUCAGGCCACCUUGUAACACAUAAUCAUUUUCAUAAAGCUUAGGUGGGAGGGAGGGGGUAAGGACUAUAGAAGUGUUAAAUUUGUGGGGAUAAACAGUUUUCUGGUGGUGAAGUCAUCUUUUCUUCUUGUUUGCUUUUGUAAUAAAAAACAGUUUUUUAAAUGA